AUGGAUGACUUGAGCUCAAAACUCAAGAAGCUCUUCAAGUCGAAGCCCAAGACUUUCAAGGGUAAGGGCAAUGUACUCGGACGUGCAGAUCAGGCUGGCGCUGCUUCUGAGGUGCUUGGGAAGGUUCUGAGGAACAUACUGGCGGACCCGUCAGAAGCCAAGUACAGGCGGCUGCGGCUGGGCAACAAGCGCAUCCAGGAGACCAUAGUGGAUGUCAGUGGCGGGGUUGCACUCCUACAGGCAUGCGGCUUUGAGCUGAUCUUUGAGGAGGCAGCCGAGGGCGGCCAGGAGGAGGCAUUCGCUGUUCUCUCAGAUGACUGCGAGCUUGCUCUGCUGCAGGCUGCCCUGCAGCUCCUGGGCCAGGCAGAACCUUCACCGUCACCGUCACCCAGGCCGCAGCAGCCAGGCGUCGGCAGGUCUUCUUCAGGAGCAGCCUCCACCUCUUCCUCGCAGAGUGCUGCGCCUGCGGGUCCCAGUGCAGCUGCCGGCCCACGGCCGCGCAACACACAGGUCAUCCUGCCCACUGGAGUGGAUGACCAGCCCCUGCCAAGCUGGUUCUUUGCGCGGUCCCCUGCAGAGCUGAAGGCGGCCUUUGUGGCCAAGCAGAAAAAGCGGGAUCUUGACCAGACCCUGAUGACAAGGGCGUAUCGAGAGAAGCUGGCUAGUGGGCACAAGGAGCAGGCCAAAGUCAGCUUUGCAGUCAUCCGCAUACGCCUGCCUGAAGGCCUCAUCCUCCAGGGAGAAUUCAACGCAGGGGAGCCAGUGGCGGCAAUUUUUGAAUGGCUGACAGACAGCCUGCGCGAUCCUGGGGCCACUUAUGACCUGAUUGGCCCGGACCGCAAGCCCAUUGCUGCGUCGAUGGGCAGCAUGCGCAAAGCCCAGCUCCUGCCCUCAGCCCUGCUCAACUUCAUGAGGCUGAGCCCUGCGCCGCAGUGUGACCCCACUCUCAAAGAUGACCUGCUGCGCACGGCCAGCUGACAUGCCUAUGCUGGAUAAUGUAAUAAAGCGCAAAGUAGCUUGCACUGUUGAUAUUGUUUCUCCAUAUCACUGCAGCUCAGUUAGUCUUAG